AUGCCUUCCACCCGCGCCGCCGCCGGUCCUCACCGGACGACCUCGCCUCCCCGCCUCGCCCCGACGUCGCCCCGCGCCUCGCCUUGCGCCCUGCCGGCGCCCCCCUCUCCCCGAUCUGGACGCGCCGCCCCCGAUCCCGUCGUCAUCGCCGAUGCCCGGCGCCGCCUCGCCGAGCCUGACGCCGUCUGGUGCCGCCCCGCGCCCCUGGCGCCGGCGCUCGUCCCCGGCGCCACCCCGACGCCCCACCUCGACGCUGCUGGACCCCGCCGCCCGUCUUCGUCCUCCGCCUCGACCACGCCUCCUCGCCGGACUCCUCCCCGGCGUCGAACCGUCCCCGUCGUCCUCCCCGAGCACCGCUGCCCUGUCCCUACGGCCCCGCGGUGA